AUCGGGAAAUUUUAUAGAUUAGAUUGAUACUUCCGAGCAUUAUUUGUAUGUGGUCCCAUUGCUGGCCGUUAAACGAAAUGAAGCAGCCCUAGAUACAGACCAACAGUCUUGUGUAUCUUCAUCAUGCGCCUAUCUUCAUUUCAUCUCCUUCAGUUUUUGCUUGUUAGAUUCAAUUCUACCACAAACUUUCCAAGUCUCUCAAAAAUCCCCACAAAACAUCGUGCUCAAGCCGUUCAACAAGCCCAAGAAGUUAUCAUUGAUUAUCUUCACUCAACUAGAGCUCUUCCUUUCACAUAUGCUGAAUUCAUAAGCAAAAAUUCUAUUUACAAUCUUUCCGAGCUUAUCUCAAAGGUACAUUAUUCAUCUACUGACUUUCGAAAGACUUUAUUGAAGUUUGUUAGAUAUAAUCCCAUUAAUGAAUUGGGAUUCUUUUAUGAAAGUAUUGGUAUUGAUUACGCUAAUAUUAAUGGGUUUUUGAAACCAAAUGUGCACUUUCUUUCUGAAGAUUCUACUGUUUUGGAUGUUGCUUGUACUCUUGCUGAAUUAGGGUUUCCUUGGAAUAGGUUGGGUAAAUUGUAUGUGGAGGAAGCUUCCAUCUUGGAGCAAAAUUCUGAGUUUUUGGGUAAAAAAUUUGAUGGAUUGUUAAAUAUGGGGUUUGGUAAGGAACAAGCUAUUGGAAUUUUUCUAGCUUUUCCCUUUUUAUUGAAGAGAGAAGAAGCUGGACCAAGUGUUAGGUCUGAUAAAUUGUUGAAUGAUAUAAAAAGGGUUUUUAUAGAUUUUGAUUUGAAGAAUUAUUUGGUGGGGAAUGUAGAUGUUUGGUAUGAGGUAUGCAGAAAAAUCAAGGUUUUUUAUGACCUGGGUGUUGAGAAAGGGAUGGUUGCUGAAUUAGAUGGUAAGAUUAAAAGCAUUUUUAUUGAUUAUAAUGAGAGGGUUUUGGCUGAAAAGGUAGAGUUCUUUUGUAAGUUAGGUGUUCAAAGAGCAGAUGUUGGCUUGUUGCUUCUUGAGAAUUCAGAGAUUUUGAGUAUUGAGUUAGCUAAUCAAGUGAUCUCUGUAUCAGGAUUAUUAGAACAUUUUGGAUUGCACAAGGAAGAACUAAGAACUCUUUUGCAGAAAUUUCCAUAUAUAUUUGGUCGGAAUAAGAUGUCUAAUUUGCCUCAUAUUCUUAGAGCUAUGGAUCUUCAAGAAUGGUUCUUCGGUAGAUUGAAGUUGGGGGACCAUAAGUUGUUAGCUACUUAUGAUUUCAGUAGUUCCAAUGAAGGUGAAGACACCAAGUAUGUACAAAACAUGGAGAAAAUAAUACGUAAAAGAACAUGUUGUUACUCAUUGAGUAAAUUGGAAUUUCUUCAUGGAAUUGGAUUUGGAGAAAAUGAUUUCGCCAUGAAGCUCUUAUUUAAUGUACAUGGUUCUUCUUGUGAGUUACAGGAGCGAUUCGAUUUCCUAUUGAAUGAAGGAAUUGUGUUUUCUAAACUCUGCAAGAUGAUAGUUCAAGCACCUAAAUUUCUAAACCAAGAUCUUGACAAUCUUAAACGGAAAUUGGACUUCCUUCGCCAUGAAUUGGGCUUAUCUUUUGACUUCGUCGAGACUUUUCCAACAUAUUUUGUGUAUAAUUUGGAAAAGCGGAUUAAGCCCAGGUAUAGAUUUCAUGUUUGGCUUACGAAGCAGGGCUGGGUUACUAAAAAAUAUUCUAUUUCAGGCAUUAUUGCUAUUAGCCAUAAAGGAUUCUUGACACAACUUUCAAAAAUACAUCCAAGAGCACCUCGGCUAUGGUUGGAGCAAUGUAGGCAAAAGGAAAAAUAUAGUGAGUCUAAUGAGAAUGCAUCAUGAGACAUUUUCCAUGUUAGAAUCUAUAGUGCUCAAUGGAACUUCUCUAUCGUUUCUGCAGUACUUAUACAAACAAAUUAUUUAGGCCUAUUGAAAUAGUGCAAGUAAACUAGGUUUGAUUGUGUAUUCUAUUACCCGAGCAGGCCUAUGCUAUUUCAAAGUCGUGAUUUGUAUGAAACGGUAAGCAAAUACCGCAAGCUAACUGUUUGAUGAUUGGGAAGUAAUAUAUAAUUUGUUCUAUAAAAGCUAUAUUGUCCCUUUUGUUUAAACAAGCUCUAGUUAUAUGGAAUGCAUAUUCAAAAGACAAAUGUAUUGAUGAUCUCCCAGAAACUUCAAAUCAACCUGCUUCUGGAGUGGCUCAACCAGGAUUACCUCGAGAUGAUUGGCUGCUAUUUAGCACUUUUUCUCCGUCUUGUACAAGCCAGUGAAGCGUGGUAGGUCUGGUUUUGGUGACACCCACUCGUUUGUUUUUCUUCUUUUCCGUUCUUAGUAUUCUUUGGUUUCUUGAUGGAGAGAGUAAGAGGCUCAUUGGAAAGGACUUGGUCCCGCGUGAAAAUACAGAUGAUUAUGGUGCUUCAAGUGAUUUUCUAUAUUCAAAUAUCUCGCCCCACCCCUCUUUCACUUGUUUAAUCACUUUAUUGUUUUGUCUUAUGUGGACUGGUAAUGAACUGAAAAAUUGUUAACAUUAACUUCUAUCUCUGGAACAAUUUUCUUCUUAGUGAAUGUUUUCCGGAUUCUCUAAAUUGGUUGAUUCUUAGUGUUUUGGUUUAGUAAAUAGGAUUUUUUUUUUUUUUUUUUUUUUUUGUCUUGUUUGUUGUUUGUUUACACAGAGGUUCAAGAUUACAGAGAUGAUCGUUAUUAUCCAUAUGUAAAUUGAAAAAAUUAUCCUGAAUAAUACGAACUUUCACUGAUUUCCCAACAAUAAUACGAACUUUCAAUUAAUCAUGAAUAAUACGAACUUUGACAUGUGUUUUCCACUGGUAUACUAAUUUAGUUUAUUCAUAUGUAUAUGAACUUUCAAUUAUCCAUAUGUAAAUUUUUUUUUCUUAUAAAAUUAAGAAAAAGAAAUUGCAAAGCGCAGUACCAGCAUCUUCCUCACGCAGUUGCUUCUCCCUCUUCACAAACAUUCACCGAUUUCCAUUGAUUCUCUCUCGUUCUCACGCAUCAACUUCAAAGAUUUCCAUUGCAAUAUUUAUCCCUAAAUUUUGUUUUAAUCCAAAAAAUUAGGGUUUGUAUCCAUUUAGUCGAAAAUGGAUGAAAUUCUGUGUCCAUUUACUCAAACGGGUUGCCUGUUCAGUCAGAGUUAGAUGCACUGCAAGUAUACAUUGAAAAUGUCGAUAAGGACUCAUUAUUGCAGUUGGCGCUAUCAAGUAUUCCAGAAGAUGUACGACUUCAUGGCAGUGAUACAAUCCUACAAUUAAAUCAGAAGGCAAGUUUCACCAAGACUUUUCCUUUUGCCUUUUGGAUCUAUUAGUGAUUCUGGGUGGAGCUACCAGCUGUGUGAUUUUCAUGCUUUCUUUUCUUUUGAAAGUUAUCAUUACCUUUAUUGCUCGAUUUUUUUGUUGGUUUUCCUUUUACAAUUCGAAGCCUUGAAAGGGAAUUUGCGGCACUUCAGCUUAACUCCUCCUAGCGGUGGCGGUAUUUUGGCACACUCCUUGGCUCAUGUAGCAUCCUUUUUAAAGGUCAAGGAAACUGAUCAAUCUGGAGAUGGUAUUGAAUCCGUGCUAAACAAAGUCGAGAGCCUAAUAACCCAAGGAAAUCUCAGAGAGGCAGCAGAUGUGCUUGAGAAUGGUGUUAACGGUAGCAAAGCCACUGAACUUGAUAUUUUGGAAGAAGUAAUUAAAAUGGAAGAGCAAAGUGAGGAAAUUAAGAAGAUGAAGGCUGCUGUCCAGUAUCUGAUGAAGGAAAUGAGGAAGUAACCUUUUCUCCCGGUUAUAAACCGGUCAGGCAUACCAGCGGAAAACACAUGUCAAAGUUCGUAUUAUUCAUGGUUAAUUGAAAGUUCGUAUUAUUGUUGGAAAAUCAGUGAAAGUUCGUAUUAUUCAUGGUUAAUUGAAAGUUCGUAUCAUUGUUGGAAAAUCAGUGAAAGUUCGUAUUAUUCAAGGCCUUUUUCUCUGCUAAUCAUGCUGCUGUUCAGACAAAGGAAGUGUACCCCAAUGAAGCAGUCCAAAGUUUCAUGUUCAUGAUGCUUCUUGUUUGAUGUAAACAUGCAUUAGGUUGCUGAACCCAAGGGCUCCGAUCACAGCCGUGCAACUACAAUUCGUGCGUGAUUUGAUGCUCAUGCUCAGCAGCAGAAGCUUUAAAUUUCUCUAUUUCUUUUGAUCACUUUGUUUAAUUGGGCUUUUGAUUAUAGAAAUUUGGUAUUCUGCAGAUAUUGAUGCAUAAGGUGAUUUCUGGGUCGUUGUUUGAGUGGUAGUCCAUCUUGUGUUUGUGGUUGUGGCUGUGACAUUCUAUAACAAGUGUGUGUGAUUCAAGGCUUCAACCUCCUAAGCUAAUUAUUAUGGUUGAAAUCUUUCCUACAAGAUUUUAAAGGUGUUGGAAAUAUAGGUCUUUUUAAGGUUUUCUCAGGGUCUUCUUAUGGCUAUAUUUAUUACAUAUAUAAAGUAACAAUAUGUAUAAUAUUUGUAUAUGCGAAAUGUGUUUAGAUUUGUGUUAGCAUGUGUUUAAUAAGAAAAGUUAUGAUGUGACACAAACUUAUCGUUGUAUUAAGAAAGUUAUUUAAAGAU